AUGGAGGCUACGACGAAACCAAUCGAACAGCCAACACUGACCUCGCACUCGGUAUGGAAGGAACAGCUGGAGGUUUUCGAAAAUGAAGUGUACGCCAAUCCAAACCACGUGGAUGGUACUGUAUGCCUGAACACAUUGAAGUGUUUGAAUACGUUUCUUAUCCACCCAGCGCACCGGAGAUCGGCGGCUAUUGACACAUUGUGGAAGGAAGCCAUGCGUGUUCUCUCGGUAUCUCAGCUUGGUGGCGAAGCAGCUGUGCAAAGUACCAUAUAUACCGCCUUUAUACUGUACUACUGCAGAAGAUACCUUGAAUGCAAGGAGCUGACGAGUUCAACGCUAGACCAAGUCUCCAAAGGGCCGUCGAUGGAACUCUUGUCGUCGGCGCAGUAUCAAGCUUCUCUACAGCUGCUGGGUCUUUACGUUCUUGCUGGCAUGCAGCUUGGACAAAAGGUUGAUCCCAAGGCGCAGACGACUUCCACACGUUUGCUCAGACAAUCCACGCGUGUGAUGCGGAAGACCACCCAUAAAAGCGAGAGACGUUUGGUUGCGAGUUCCAUCAUGUUUUUACUUUACAGUUAUGACUGGGUUUACCACUUUUUCCACUCAAUGGGGGGGUCGUCGGUCAAUGGACUCGAGAAGUCGUUUGUAGAACGGUUGCGCUCGCUGACGCCAAAUUGGAUAGAGGGUAUAUUUCAGAAUUCACAGCGGACUACCGGAGAAGUAGUGGCUGCGAUAUCUCGGAAGCCGCAGCGAAGCCCACCUUCACUUUUUGUCAUCGCAGGAAAGCGGGCAGAGAGCGAAGGGGAUGCGCAUUCAUUACGCAUUCUGCUUCAAAGCGGUAUCAAGAGGGAGGCGGCUUUCCCCAACAUCUGUGUGUUUGGGGUAUCCGUGUUGUUAGCUGACAUCUUCCUGAAGGUUCAAAAGCAAGGGGAUGACUUCGCACAACGUGUGUUGGAUUACGCGGGGACGUCGCUCAGCGCGGAAACGCUAGCUGCUGUCGGCGAUACCUCAUGGGGGCAUAAAAAAUCACUUCGCUGGCUAACGGAGAGGCGUGGACCAGAGGCCUAUUUCGCUCUCAAAAAAAUUUUAUUUCAUAAAGAUCCCUCCGAGUUGGCAGCAGUACAAGAGUCUUGUGGGGAUGUGCUAACGGGGAAUGUGGAAACGAAUUGGAGGAGUGCGCUUGCUCAGAUCGAGUCCUCCCUCGCAUUUGCGGAUUCCACAUGGCGUAGGCAGCUUCCCACCACACUUCGCCUUUUGAGCGAUGCAGGAAGACAAAAGGAAUUUUUUGAUCUCAUUCGCGAAUAUGACUCGCGAGACGGCCAAAGUAACCUCAUGGUGGCUGCCUCACUUGCCCAAAUGCUGCGGCGCUCUGGCAAGUGGCAUCACUACACUGAGGUGAUAGAUUUAAUUGCGUCCUCGAAUAUUCCGAAGAGUGAGGAGGGGGAUGGCUUCCUGCACGAUGCGUGCCUUCAAACUAUGUAUGCGUUGCGUAACGCGAAGCGGUGGGAGGAGGCGCUUUCAAUGUACUCGGUUAUGCAGCCCGUUAUGCCACCUCAGGUUCACCGGCUGCUGUGCUUCAUGGUAUGCAACAUGCCGCCCUCUUCGCUUUGGCAGAGUGCGCUCCAAACGCUUUCCGCGAUCGCACCAGCUCCUCCUGAAUGCCUGAAGACGCUGGCAGGGAUGUACGGGGAUGACGACGAAGUUCCUCGGACGUCACGUGAGCGGAAGUAUUUCAUCCGAGGACUAGUUGAGGUGGGCCGCUGGGAGCCGCUCUUGAAGUUUGUGAAAUCCAACCCCGAUGAUGUGGAGGGUUGGAUUGCCUUUUUCAAGGCCUCAGAGGCGUCCGAGCGUGUGGCGCUUCACGAGGCCUCCUUACUUCGCCAAAUCCCUCUGGACGUAUGGCGCAGCGAAAAGGUGCUUAAGCAGGCCUUUCUCAGUAGCCUCGCUAAUGGUUGCCUGUCGGAGCUGGAUGUGGUUCUUGCGGAGAUAUCAGCGUCGUGCCCACUUUCAAAAGAAGUGCGCGAGCUGAUCCGGUUUUUAAUUCACGGGAACGCCGCCUCCAAAGGGGCGUUGAUUUCUGACUCUUAUCUGGGGCAUUGUUUUACGUCUUUUGUGUCCGCUUUUGACGGCAAAAUCCGUGUUCCUAUUGACCCCAAGGUUGCUAAAGGGCCCCAACCGUCUUCAACGGAUCGGCGAGGUGACUUAGCUGCGUGGUUCAAGGUUCCGAAUUUUUGCAUUGGCCGCACCCAAUCUGGCACCAACACAUCCUACUACAUACGGCCUUUUCCCUUGGUUAAAGCGAUACCCAAUCAGGUCUUUUAUGAAAAUAAUGGAGUAGUGGUUGGAUACAAACCAGUUGGGGUUUCGAUACAGUCUGCCGCACAGGGGGUUCUUCGCUUCGUUGAUGCACGUGGGACUUACCGCAUCGGGCUUUUGCUAGCACCUAGCGCGAGGGGGCUCUUUUUGCUACGAAAGUCUCUCAUGGGCGUGAAGAAGAUGGAGCUUACUCUCCAGAUUGAGAUGGAACUCUUACCCUGCAGUGACUGUGCCUUGCCUUUGCUCUCGACGAAGUUUUUCGCGCGUUAUGAGAUGGUAUUUCUUGACCGGAGUGAAUCGGAAGGUGUGGUCAAGGUGCGUGCUACCGUUUUACAGGUCCCUUUGGCGUCUGUUAACGAUGCAGUAAGAAGCCUUAAGGUGGAUCUUAAUUCUGAAGGCUGGACUUUUGUUGAGGUAGAUGUAGGUUUUGGAGACUCUUAUUGCGUCAAACAACUGAGUGUACUUGAUCUAGACUCAGGAGAACAUAUAAGACUUUCUAUUCCUUCAUCCUCUCUCAAAAAUUAUUCGCAUUAA